AUGCAAGAACAGCACCUAGGAACGUGGUGCCCGACCUGCGGCCUGACGGCCCUGGCCCCCAGCGCGCGGCGGGACGUCCUAAUCGCGCUGGCGAAGCAGGACAUCCUUUCCAAGCUCCGCUUGCAGGAGAGGCCCAGCAUCACUCAGCCCAUGUCCCGGGGGGCCCUGCUGGCAGCUCUCCGCAGAACGCGCGCCCAGCGCGUGGAGCACACCAACCCCCUGGGCAUGCCCCGUGGCUCCGGCGCACAGGAGUACGAGAUCCUGAGCUUUGCCGAGUCAGGAUCCUCCACUCCCGGCAAAAUUCGCCUGCAUUUCCUCUUCGCCCAGGAGCUGGGCAGAAGCAUCGAGAUCCUGCAAGCCAGCCUGUACCUAUUCUGGGCAUCCCCCAGCCCUGGCAAGCACCAGGUCAUUGUGAAACUAUUGCAGCCUGACCUGGCUGGGCCAAACGUGACCAUGGUCAGCAAGACAUGGCUGGAGGUGCAGAGGGCUGGCUGGGCCACGCUGGAUGUGGGACAGGCUGUCCAGAGACUUUUCAGAGAAGGGAGACAGAGGCUUACUGUGGAGCUGGAGAUGGCAGAGGACUUGGGGUCUCCCCUACUGGCUGGUCAAAGUGAUUCCCACUGGCCAUUUGUGGCAGCCCAGGCCCGAACUAGGACACCCCAUCGGGUCCAGCGGCGUGGCAUUGAUUGUAGCGGAGACUCACGGAUGUGCUGCCGCAAGGAAUUCUUUGUGGACUUCAAGGAGAUCGGCUGGGAGGACUGGAUCAUCCAGCCAGAGGGAUAUCACAUGAACUACUGCGCUGGGCUCUGCCCCCUCCAUAUGGCUGGUAUCCCUGGUCUUGCUGCCUCCUUCCACACAGCUGUCCUCAACCUCAUCAAAGCCAACAAUGCCGAUGCUGCCGUGGACUCCUGCUGCGUGCCCACACAACGCCGCCCCCUCUCCCUGCUCUACUAUGACAGGGACAGCAACAUUGUCAAGACUGACAUCCCUGACAUGAUCGUUGAUGCCUGUGGCUGUACCUAACCUGCUGCCUGAGGAGGCAGGAGGACAGGACUUGCGCUGAGCAGGGCUCCCCUCCUCCCCAGCUCCUCUCUGGCAGUGGGAGACCUGCAGAGCUGCUGAAGGAUGGGAACCCUGCCGUGGUGUUUUUGCCUCCUGAGGUUGAAGCAUCAGGGUGAUGCUGAACCUGCAAGUCCUCUCCUUUCUGACCUCCUACACGGCUCUUUUCCCUCUUCAGAUCUGCCCAGGGAUUCCUCUCUGCUCCCAGACCACAGCCUGAAAGCUGCUUCUGUUUGAAAUCAGCCCCUUCUGCCUGCAGGACUCUGCAAAAACCACAUAGCUAGCUGGGUCAGAGCAACCUCUGC